UGUGCAUGGUGUGCAAACCUAACCUUAUAUCCGUUUUGCGGCUUUAUAUUUCUGUUAUAUUUUAUGUAAUAGAAGUGAUAAUAAAUAAUUAAUGUUAAAUAUAAAAGUCAUUAAAAAAUAUGGCCGGUUUGCAUUUAAUACAAACUUAUUCUUCCGACUCGGACGAAGACGAGCACGAUGAGACGAGGAAAGAUGAUCAUAAAAUUGUAAACAAGUUAGCUUUACCUGCAAGUAUUUUGUCAUGGAAAGGAGUUACGUGUAAUGAAGAAGUGAUCGAUGAUCCACUGGAUCAUGAUGGACGAAUACGAAGCUUUAAACAUGAGCGUGGUAAUUGGGCAACUCUGAUUUACAUAAACUAUACGCCCAGCGAUUGUCUUCAUACAUGGAUGAAGUCUGUGUUGAACAAACUGCCUGUUCAAGGCAACAUCAUUUCUAGUCUUCAUAUUAGUCUCAGCCGUACUUUAAUUUUAAAGUUUCAUUGGAUUGAAUCGUUCGUAGAAGGCAUAAAGCUGGCGUGUCGUAGCUUUAAUAAAUUUAUCAUACAACUCACGGAUGUAAGGGUGUAUUGCAAUGAGGAGAAAACUCGUACAUUCCUUGGAAUUUAUUGUCAAGAUGAGGAUAAAAUGUUGAAGUGCCUAACAGAAAUUUUUGAUAAUUUAUUAGCUGAAUAUCAAUUACCAUCAUUUUAUAAGGAUACUUCAUACCACAUAAGUUUCUUCUGGUGCCUCGGAGACAAGCAAGCAUGUUUAAAAGAAAUUCUGCCACCUCUCACUAGCAGUCUAAACAAAUUUUUAGCAGAAAACAUGGAAGAUGCUUAUGUGCAUGUCAAUGAUAUACAAUGCAAAAUUGGAAAUAAAUGUUAUACCUUUAAAUUGAAAUAACAAAAUUUAUAAAUAAGGGUAUAAAAU